AUGCCUACUAAAGCCUUGAAUACAGAAAAUGUAUCCCAGGUCCAUAAUGCAAGCUAUGGCGUGCAAGAAGUCCCUCAGUCAUCGAUGGCUGCCCAACUUAUCGGCAAGGUUACAUCAGCACAUAGAUCCUCUACACAAGCCAAAUCAGAUGAGUUACAACGGUUGACCACGGAAGUAUCCGACUUCGAAAACAACGCCGCGAAAACGGACGAUCCCAAUGUCCAAAUUUGCCAUAGACAUAAGCUUAUCUACGUUCUCACCCGAGCUGUUAUAGAGCGUCUAGAACAACAUGACCCGCUUGCGAAUACAGAGGAAUUAGUUUGCCAGGCCGGCGAGUCACUUGAUCUUUUUCAAAUAAAUAUCGUCGCAUCCCCUAUCAUACUUAACUACACCCUGGCCUCUCAUGAAUCGUUCAAGGACCGUGGAACAGAACCGUUGUGGAUGUGGCUUUUCCCACGUGUUCUAAGCCUACUUGGACGGCCGCAAUGUGAAAGCCUAGCGGCAAAAAUAAAAGAUCUCUUCCGGAAUUCAAUUUAUUCUGUUAGUGGAGUGCCCAUGCUCUGGAAUCUUGGACCUCUUUUCUUCAAAUACUUAAGGGAUUGUGCAUUCUCUACUUUGGAACACCUAGGGAAACCUUGCAAAGCUCGUGUGGACAUAUUACUCCCCCCGGAUGAUUCUGAAAAUAUUUUUUCCCUUGGUGAUAGAGAUUGCAAAACAAAGACCUUUCGUCUUAAGUACAUGAUCCGUGACGCCUGCCAUGGACUCUCUCACGUGUGCAAUAUUCUACAUAUACUGGUAGAUAUCUCUAUAGAAGUGUCAUCUCCAAGUGAUGCUACCCUAAUGUUCCAAGACCAUCUUGCGUGGUUGUUGGACUAUUUAAUAAAAGCACAUGAACUACUUAAAAGGUGGUGUGAAGUUCCCACGCUGUUAGAGCCGUGCUACAACUAUGAUGAACUUCUUUUACAAACUACGUUUCUAAUUGUAUCUGCUCCUGAAAACCUGAUUUUCCCCAAGGUCGCACGGAAAGGCUUUAGUGUAUUACUUAUCAUUUGCGUGGAAAUUUUAGAAAAUUCUGGAAAACUAUCACAGACUUCACAGCAAAAUCUUGCCAGGGUAUUCCAGAGAUUAGCUUCUAACUGUGGAGAGAAAGGGUUAUCACAUAAAGUAACAUAUUCCCGCUUGAUAUCAAGACUUCAAGAUAUCUUGCUGAAAGAUUCAAUAAAUGUUAAUUUUUCCCCAAUUUUCAAGAAUGAAUGUAACUCUCUGUGUGCAGUGUAUACCCAGAUGGAGGAGGAAAAUAUGCUUGCUACUCGACUGAUGGAUAAAAACAGUGAUCACAAGAUUAAUGCACUUGAAUUUAACUCUCUUUACCCAGAGCUUGACGACGUAAAAAGUUUUGAUAAUGGCCCACCAGUUAAAAAACGGAAAGUUGAUAUUGAUUCGGCCUCACUGGCUAUAAUUACAUUAGAACUUUGCAGCUUUAUCCAUACGCAAAAGAUCACUACCCUCAAUGAGCUUAGUCAAUUGAAAGAGGACUUCUUUGCAACACUAUCUCCCGAGAAACGCUAUCAAUUUGUGGAGAUAUUAGGCCGAAUACCCUGUGCUAUAUCUAACCACCUAGCUUCAACCCGAGAGAAUUUCCCGGAAAAACCUUAUCUCUGCCGCAUUUGCGAAGAGAAACAAUACCUCAAACCAAAAUUUUCCAAAGAUGAUGUAAAUUAUGAAACUAGUCUUGAGGCAAUUAACAUUUUCACCAAGACUAUCAAAUCCACAGCUUUUUCAGAGUCAAGAAAGGUUCGUGUUUUGUCGAUGAUCAUCCUAAGAAGAUUUACAGUGCAUUUUGAUCACGCGGAGUUUUUGGACUUGGAAGUUUCAACAUUGGCUCAAUGGUGUUUUCAGUCAUUAACAAGCUCAAUUCGAGAGCUUCGUGUUGCUGCAAGUCGCACUGCUGCUACCUUUCUAAGGGAGUCUUCGAAUAUUGCAGUAACUAGAAAAAAUAGAACCCAUGCCCUUGAAAUCCUCCGAACAUUUCCUCUGAAGCAAGGGAUUCAUUUACAAGAAACUUGCGUCCUUACUUGGGGUCAAAUCGGAAUGAUUGUAGAAGAUGACGAAUUAAAUAUUGUACUGCUUACUCUAGUUCAAUAUCUAGGUCAUGGUAACCCCAUAGUCUCAGGCGUUGCAUAUAAUGAAGUUCUCAGGAUGGCAAAGGCAUUAGAAAUAAGCAUCUCACGAUUAUUUUCUCCAUUUUGGGGAACAGUUGCCAAUGAAGCAGUCAAAGACCUUAUAGUAAAGCCUACGACAACUCAAAUGAUGGCAGACCUACUUCAAUUAUCUGUUAACGAAUUUCUUCUUCUAACUCAGUCUUACACUAUUCCAUGGUUAGUAAUGGGGAAAAAAAUUGAUGUCAUCAAAAAAAUUUCUGAAGCUAGAAAAGACUCAGAAAUAGGUAUGGCCUGCGCAGAAGCACUUAAUCUUGUACCAACUUUGGCCCUUCUUAUGGUACAGAAUGUGCCUGAUAUAGAAACUUAUAUAAUGUCCCAUCUAAGAUACGCCUCCUCACGCUUCAAAGACACAGACUUAGACGAAUUAAUGAGAGUUGAACCAGCGUCACAAGCCCUUCAUCUUCUCAAAGCUGCUGGGGAAGCAAAUGAAGAUAAAAAAAGCAGGAUUUAUAUUGCUCUAAAAUUUCUCGCAGAAAGAGCACCAAUUCCAGAGAGUAAGAGAAAGGAAGAUAACCCAGUGGGUGCUUUUUUGGAGCAACAUAUUUUGGGCCUCAUAACGACAAUUUCAACAAUAAUCAUAGAUACUGCACACGAGCAGUCGAAUACGGACAAAAGGCGAUAUAUCAAAUCACUUGAAGAACUGGUCAAAGUUGCAAAGUCCUAUACUCGAGUUGGACAGCCCCAGAUUUGUGCUUGUCUUCAAUUUGCCCUAUCUAAAAAAGAUCUUCAAGCUCCUGCUUUCUCGGCAUGGGCGACUAUGCUCACUAACCUUGACGAUGACGAUGUUGAAGCUAUGUUAGAAAGCACAUUUUCAGCUAUUAUCCAGCAUUGGGAUAGUUUUGACGAAAUAACUCGAGGCUGUGUCGAAGAUGUGCUUCGCUAUUUACUUAGUGAUCGGACACGCCUGAUUCGUAAUAUGAUUGUGAAUCUUCCAUCAUUAUCUAAUUGCCCUCGCCUCCUUGAAUUUGAAAACCAGUUACAGAAAUUAAGAACACCGACAGAUAUUAGUAAUAGUUUUCAAAUAUUUAGUAGAAGACUUGGUCAUGAGAACCCGAGUGUCAUAACUCAAACACUCAUUGAACUAAAGUCAUAUCUUCAUUUUCACCAAUCUUUUUUACAAGCUUCAGCAAUCAGUGAACAACCUGAUGUCGUAGUGGGUGUCCUUAUUCGAUCUAUUUUGGAUACUUGUGUCAAGUUUAAUGAUUCUAACAGUACCAUUGAAAUGCUUUCGGCUGAAUGCAUUGGGCUUAUUGGGUGCCUAGACUCUAAUAGAGUUGAGUCGAUUCGAGAGCAUCGAGAAAUGGUCGUUGUCAGCAACUUCGAAGAUGGAGAUGAAACUUUGGAUUUUGUGCUUUUUAUCUUACGGGAGAUUAUUGUACCAGCUUUUCUUUCUGCAACUGACACUGUAUUACAAGGCUUUCUUUCAUUCGUUAUGCAAGAACUCCUUGAGAUAUGCCAAUUCAAAGAAAUAUGUGUACCUAUUAUACAAGACGGUACCAAGAAAUCUUCGCAUCAUAUUUACUUAAAAUGGGCUGCUUUGCCAACUUCAGUUCAGGAUACGUUGACACCCUUCUUAACUUCGAAGUACUCAUUGAAGGCGAUGGACCCUCUAUCUUACGAUUACCCUAUCUUUCGACCGGAAAAUUUCGAAAAGACAAAAUCUCGUAAACAAGGCAAUAUUUACGUUCCGUGGUUGCGGAAUUUUGUCUUGAACUUACUUAGAACGCCUCUCACCAAAGCUGCCAAGCAUAUAUUUCCUCCUCUCUGUCGAGCGAUAAGAAUUAAAGAUAUUUCAAUUGCAAGAUUUCUUUUGCCCUAUCUGGUUCUGCAUGUUAUCGUUGCUGGUGUUGAACAGCAAAGAAAUGAUAUUGGGAAGGAACUUCUCGCCGUUUUAACAUACAAGCCGCCGUCUGAUUCUAGCAUCCGACGAGAAGACCUCAAACUUUGUAUUGAGAUUGUUUUUCGGAUAUUAGACUAUUUGGCUCGCUGGAUCCAAGGAAAAAGGAGCAAAAAGUCCCAGCACGUAGACACUGAUGAGUCUAUUAACCGUAUCGAGUCUGUAAUUAAGAUGAUUCCUCCAGAAAUUAUAUCUGGUCGUGCUGUGGAAUGCAAGUCAUAUUCUCGCGCACUGUUCUAUUGGGAACAGCAUAUCCGAGACGUUCGUGAGAAGGAUAAGCGACCAGAAGUGAAGACUAAACUUCUUCAAAGACUUCAAGAUAUAUACACUCAAAUUGACGAGCCAGAUGGUAUGGAAGGUAUAUCUGCUCAUCUUCAUGUCUUGGACAUAGAUCAGCAGAUUCUUGGUCAUCGACGUGCCGGUAGAUGGACGGUGGCUCAAAGUUGGUAUGAAAUUAAGUUUGCAGAGAAGCCUGAUGAUGUAAGUGUCCAGCUAAAUCUACUAACUUGCUUGAAGGAAUCCGGUCAACAUGAUGUCCUGUUGAACUAUGUACAAGGAAUGCAACUCGAAGAACAAGCCAUCCCCCAACUCUUGCCAUACGCUGUAGAAUCUUCAUGGACUACUGGUCGAUGGAAUAUUUUAGAAAAAUAUACCGAAAUGGCGACACAGUCUGUGACAGAGGAUUUCAACGUCAACAUUGGUCAUGCGCUUCUUGCCCUACACAAGAAAAACCAAAAUAAAUUUUGUAUGACCAUACAUAAGAUCAGAGAACAAAUUGCCCGCUCUUUCUCAACUGCAACGACCUCUUCACUAAGCGCUUGCCACGAUACAAUGCUCAAACUGCAUGUGCUCACUGAGUUAGAAAUGAUUGCGGGCAUGGACACUCAGCCUUCAGUAGAGCCUGACUUGGGGAAGGUUCUAAUUUCUUUGAAUAGUCGACUUGAAGUUCUGGGUGCUUACCUAAAUGAUAAGCAGUAUCUACUUGGGAUUCGACGUGCCGCUAUGCAGUUGUCAAGCCUGAAAUUUUCAAAAGGUGACAUUGCUGCUUCUUGGCUUACUAGUGCAAGACUCGCUCGUAAGGGUAAUGCUAUCCAUCAGUCUUUUAACGCAGCUCUUCAUGCAUCUCAACUAGAGGACGAAACUGCAACUAUUGAGCAUGCACGACUUCUAUGGAGAGAGGGCCAUCAUCGCAAAGCAAUUCAAAGUCUACAGGGCGCAAUUGAGUCGAAUGCAUUCAUGUCACACAAUAGAAAUACAAAUCUUACUGACCUGAACGAGGUUGAUGCCUCUAAACAACAAAAUUUGCUAACUGCUAGGGCCCAUCUCUUAUUAGCCAAAUGGCUGGAUAGUGCUGGACAAACUCAGUCACUUGCGCUCAGAACACAAUAUCAACUUGCCGCUAAAACCCAUAUAAAUUGGGAAAAGGGCCACUAUUAUCUCGGGCGUCACUACAAUAAGCUCUUAGAGACUGAGAAAAACCUAACUUCGGAGCUUCAAAAUGAGCACUAUCUUAUAGGGGAAAUGGCCAAACUUGUGAUUGAGAAUUACUUGCGAUCUCUUUCUCACGGCACAAAAUAUAUAUACCAAACCCUCCCGCGCAUACUCACUCUUUGGCUUGAGCUUGGUGGGCAAGUUCUACAGCCUCUUGAUACCAAAUAUGGCAACUCAAAGGAAUUCAUAACGAAAGUAAACACACUUCAAAGAAAAAAUCUUGAGCAUAUUCACUCGCGAAUCCAUAAGUAUUCUGGACGAUUACCAGCAUAUGUAUUUUACACAGCUCUUCCGCAAAUCGUUGCUCGUAUCGCGCAUCCUAACGUCGAAGUUUUUAAUUAUCUAGCCAAACUUAUAUAUCGAGUAGUUGAAGCGCAUCCUCAACAAGCUAUGUGGACCUUACUAGCUGUAUGUCAAUCCAAGCAGCAAGAUAGGAAAGCACGCGGUAUGACCGUUCUUCAAUAUAUCCGCUCACGUAAGAAGUCAGAACCUGGUGCAAUCGAUGUGAAACUUUUAAUAAGAAAUGGCGAAAAACUCACGAAUGACUUACUUCGCGCAUGCGAAGCUGGUGAUUUUCAUGGAAGUCGUACGAUUUGGUGCAGUUUGACUAAAGACCUAGGUUUCAAUCAUCGAACUUGUCUUCCUAGCCUAAUGGCUGUACCAGUUGAGAGUAUUUUGACCGCAUCAUUGCCAACAUCAAGCGACAUUGUAAAAAGCCAUCAGGCAUUUUCAAGAGAUGUAGUAACUAUCAGUUCAUUUUCAGAUGAGGUGAUGGUUCUAAGCUCUUUACAGAAGCCUCGUAAGCUCACAGCUCGUGGCUCAGAUGGUAGGAAUUAUGGACUUAUGUGUAAGCCUAAAGAUGAUCUACGCAAGGAUCAACGUCUUAUGGAGUUUAAUGGUAUGAUCAAUAGAUCUUUAAAGCGAGACGCUGAAUCAAGUCGGCGCCAGCUAUACAUUAAAACCUACGCCGUAACGCCCCUAAACGAAGAGUGUGGUAUUAUUGAGUGGGUAGAUGGCUUGAAGACAAGUAGGGAUAUUCUUCUUCAACUUUACAAGGCUAGAGGGGUAGUGCCAAACUAUAAAGAAAUUGAAUCCCUAUGUGAGGAAGCAUGCAAGUCUGAAAGCCAAAUCUCGUAUUUUACAGAGAAGGUCCUGGGUGCCUUCCCUCCAGUACUAUACCAGUGGUUCGUGUCCCAGUUUCCUGAACCUUCGGCCUGGUUUGCCGCGCGUUUACGAUAUACACGUUCUUGUGCGGUCAUGUCUAUGGUAGGCACAAUACUUGGUCUUGGAGAUCGACACGGAGAAAAUAUUCUAUUUGAAGAGGGAAAUGGUGGGACAUUUCACGUCGAUUUCAACUGUCUCUUUGAAAAAGGGCUCACAUUUGCCAAACCGGAACGUGUGCCGUUUCGUCUAACGCAUAAUAUGGUAGAUGCUAUGGGGAUUUAUGGUUAUGAAGGCCCAUUCCGCACUUCAUCAGAACUUACACUGCGUCUGUUGCGACAGCAUGAAGAGACACUAAUGACUAUUCUAGAAGCUUUUGUAUACGAUCCAACGCUUGAUCUUCUAUCGCGCAGGCCGGACAAGAAGAAAAAAGCUAUUGCACUUGGAGUACCUGACACAGCGCAGGGCGUCUUGAAAAGUAUUCAACGGAAGGUGCGCGGUCUUUUGGCCGGUGAAUGUAUGCCGCUCGGCGUUGAAGGUCAAGUCGACGAGCUUAUCAAACAAGCAACCAACCCUACCUUCUUGGCAGGUAUGUAUAUCGGUUGGUGUUCGUUUCUGUAA